AUGAGAAGGGCAGGGGGUGGAGGCCGGGAUGGGAGCAUUGCCCCUUCCCCCCUCCCCCCAGCCCUGUCCUUCCUCCUCCUCCUGCCACUGGCCAGCGCCCUACAGCCCACUGCACUGCCCUUUCCAGAGCUGAGGCUGGUGGGGGGCCCAAGCCGCUGCCGAGGGCGCCUGGAGGUCCUGCAUGGCGGCUCCUGGGGCAGCGUCUGUGACGACGAUUGGGACGUGGUAGACGCCAAUGUGGUGUGUCGUCAGCUGGGCUGUGGCCUGGCACUGCCAGUGCCGCAGCCCCUCGCCUUUGGUCAGGGCCGCGGCCCCAUCCUGCUGGACAAUGUGGAGUGCCGCGGGCAGGAAGCUGCGCUAAGCGAGUGUGGCAGCCGGGGCUGGGGUGUCCACAAUUGCUUUCACUACGAGGAUGUGGCCGUCCUGUGCGAUGAAUUCUUGCCCACGCAGCCCCCAACAAGGAAGGUGUUAACCAGCAGAGCGCCCCCUACCACUCCUCAGAAUGGGAAAGGUGAGGGCAGCGUGCGCCUUGUGGGAGGCGCGAACCCAUGUCAGGGCCGAGUGGAGAUCCUGCACGGUGGCCUGUGGGGCACAGUGUGCGACGAUGACUGGGGGCUGCCGGACGCCACCGUGGUCUGCCGCCAGCUGGGCUGCGGGGUGGCCUUGGUUGCCACCACCAACGCCUUCUUCGGCUACGGCACGGGGCACAUCCUGCUGGACAACGUGCACUGCGAGGGAGGCGAGCCCCACCUGGCAGCCUGCCUGAGCCUGGGCUGGGGCGUGCACAACUGCGGCCACCACGAGGACGCGGGCGCACUCUGCGCAGUCCUGGGGCUCCCAACUCUCUCAGCACUGCCACCCUCAGCCACAAGAGAGGACUGGGCCUGGCACUCAGAGCUAGCAGCUACAGGAGUUGGCGCCCAGCCUUCCCGGGAGACAGCCCUGUCCACCACAGCCGCCUGGCCCGCGGGGAAGCGAAGCGGGCGGCUGCGGCUGGUGGGCGGCCCGGGCCCGUGCCGCGGCCGCGUGGAGGUGCUGUACGCCGGGGGCUGGGGCACCGUGUGCGACGAUGACUGGGACUUCGCGGACGCGCGCGUGGCCUGCCGCGAGGCGGGUUGCGGGCCCGCGCUGGGCGCCACGGGCCUCGGCCACUUCGGCUACGGCCGCGGCCCGGUGCUGCUGGACAACGUGGGCUGUGCAGGCACCGAGGCCCGUCUGAGCGACUGCUUCCACCUGGGCUGGGGCCAGCACAACUGCGGCCACCACGAGGACGCGGGCGCGCUCUGCGCAGGCCCAGAGGAGCUGGGACUGCAAGUCCAGCUGGACGGUUCUGAGACCACCCGGGUGCCCACUCCUCGGCCCAGGGACGGGCACCUACGUCUGGCCAAUGGAGCCCACCGAUGUGAGGGUCGUGUAGAGCUCUUCCUAGGGCAACGGUGGGGCACUAUCUGCGAUGAUGCUUGGGACCUGCGGGCAGCCAGUGUCCUGUGCCGCCAGCUGGGCUGUGGCCAGGCCCUGGCAGCCCCUGGUGAGGCCCACUUUGGCCCAGGCCGAGGCCCCAUCCUCCUGGACAAUGUCAAGUGUCGUGGGGAUGAGAGUACCUUGUUACUCUGCUCUCACAUUCGCUGGGAUGCCCACAACUGUGACCACAGUGAGGACGCCAGUGUCCUGUGCCGGCCGUCAUGACCCAGCCUGCUGUGCAGACCACCUGUUCUUCGGGAGCCUUCUGUGACCUGCCCUUCCUCCUCCAGGAAGCCCUCCUCGUGUGACUACUGCAGUUCACUCUGCCCCUCCCUUCCCUUGCCUGGGAGAGAGCCUGCCCAGUAUCAUCCUGCAUGGGGCAGCCUGGCUGUACCCCCUUCGAUGUAUUGUGUGACCUCAGCCUGUCAGCAGCUAUUGUGGGCCCAGUUCAAUGAAGGCUCCCAUAUUUUGCUCAGCCAAAACAAAAAUGAGGGGAGAGAAAGUGACUCCUAACUCUUCCCUUUGUUGUGGCUCCUGUUACAGCACCCCUGACACUGCCUUCCUGACCCAGUUCCAGGAGGCUCAGGGGCUCUUUGUAAAUGGGGUAUCUCCCCUGCCUCCAGCCCAUUUUGGGAUCCCCGAGAAGAGGGAAGGCAGGAGGGGCAUACACCUCUUACCUUAGACUCCCAGGAGCUACAGAAGAACCUGGGUCAUUCCCUUGCCCUGCUCCGUGAGGGCCUGGACUCAGAUGGUGCUCGGCUGGACAAGGGGACUGGAGGGGCCAAAGCAGGGACAGUGGCCCCUCCUUGCAGCUGGAACCAGCAUCUCUGAUUUAAGCUGCCCCCACCACAGAGCCUCCACUUUGCAGUGGCAAAGAACCCUGGGGGCCUGUAGCCACCCAUUCAUAGGUGCCAAGUCAAUAAAGCAUUGUCCCCCUGUCUUGUAA